CGACAACAACAUUUUGCGUCGAUUUGCGGUAACGUGCAGUAUGCCUUCUAUUUCUGCAAGCAUCGCCGUCAUCGGUGCAGCGGUCGCUGUCGUCUACAUUGCGCUACAGUGGCAGCUGCGCGCGACUCAAGACCCGCGCGAGCCCCCCGCCAUCGAAACAUCAAUACCGUACAUUACACCUGCAAUUGGCCUUUCAAAGCACACUUAUUUCGCAGAUUUAAGGAAGCGAUAUGGGAAAUUCCCAAUAUCUACACUGAGGUUGCCCGGGCAAAGAAUCUACAUUAUAAAUGAUCCACAGUUGAUCAGCGUCGUCCAGCGACAAUAUAAAGUCCUCAGUUUUCAGUCUGUUGAAGAUCGCAUGUCGCACAAAAUGUUCAACAUCAGUCCUUUAACAAAGCAACUUCAGAAGGCCGAAGCUGACGCUUGGCGUACUGGGCCUGCCCACGUACCGAGUCCUGCGCACGCGCAAUUCAAACCUUUGGCGCCUGGAAAGGAUCUGGACGACAUGAAUCGUAUUAUGCUCAAAUCAUUGGAAGAAAGCAUGGAUGAUUGGGUGCCUCAGGACUCACAGUCGCGCAGAACGCAGCUCUUUGAGUGGGUUAAAGAGGUCCUUGUUGUCCCAACGACGAAUGGUGUUUACGGCCCGGAAAACCUUCUUCGUGAUCCUGUUGCUCGCACGAAAUACUGGGCCUUCUUCGAUGGAAUACCUACGAUGAUCAAGGGAGGAGGCUUCCUCGUCAAGGACAGCGUUGCGGCAAUUGAGUUCCUUUCUUCCACUUGGGCCAGAAUUCUCCAGAACGGCGGCCACAAAAACCACUCCAGGUUCAUUCAGAAGCUGUUCGAGUACUACAACGAAAGGAGUUUUCCUUUGAAAGACUUUUCGCAGUUCAUUAUGGGCUCCUCUGUGGCGGUACUAGGUAACACUUUACCAACGGCGUUCUGGUUCGUCAUACAUCUCUACUCGGACCGUAAGGUGUUUGAUGCUUGUCGAGAAGAAAUCCUGGCACAGGUCGUGCACAGUACCGAUGCAGAUGGCAACCCUGUGCGAACUCUUGACAUAACGGCGCUGAAAGUCGCGUGUCCGCUCUUCCAUUCCGCAUUCAAAGAAGUCCUUCGGCUGGAAGCAGUCGGGACUGGAGUCCGUGGCGUUGAAGAAGACCACAUGCUCGAUGGCAAGUAUCUCCUGCGAAAGGACGCUCUUGUGUUUAUGCCCUUGGUGUCUCAGCAUUUCGACCAUGAGCGCUGGGGCGCUGAUGCAGAAGAGUAUUGCUACGACCGCUUCGCAGACAAGGCCCGUCCUCGGGUAAGCAACGUCUCUUUCCGCUCCUUUGGUGGAGGCACCACGUUAUGUCCCGGUCGCCAUUUUGCUACAACAGAGUUGCUUGCAUUCGCAGCGAUGCUAUUGCUACGAUUCGACAUCAUACCGAAAGACGGGAAAUGGGUCGUUCCAACCUCAUUGAACGCCGAAAUGACUACCAAUAUGCCAGCGCCCGAUUUCGAUGUCGAAGUUGAGAUCCAGAAAAGGUCAGACGAUCAAGGGAUCAAGUGGAUGUGGAAGUUGAGCGAGAGCGAACAUGCUGCAAUGCUCGGGGAUCAGGACGAGCAUGGCAACGAAAAGGCUCAGACUGACAAUUGACUGCGGGGAGCAUAAAGUCCGGCGUUUGCCAUUUCUCUGUAGAAUACAAGCACGUUCCCGCGGAAAACACAUCGGCG